UCGUUGCAGUGGUUGCAACAUUUAUCGAAACUAUCUCACGUCUUGUCCACAUAACAUUGAAAUCAUGAGCAGAAAUAGUCGAAAAAGACUUGAGAGUGAUAUUAGUUGUAAUAUUUGUUGUAAAGAUAUCAGUAUAUAUUCCUUCGGUGAAUGUAACCAUGCUGUGUGUUGCGAGUGUUCUACACGGAUGAGGGUACUGUGUCAGGAAAAUUAUUGCCCAGUUUGUCGCAGUAAUCUUGCAAAGGUGGUGUUCGCCGUCAGCGUGCGGCCGUUCGAGAAGGUCGACGUGCGGCAUCUGGCGCAGGACCGCAAGUACGGUGUCUACUUCUCGGAUGACGGCGUCGCGCAGGCCUUCCGCGACCUGCUCAGCCACCGCUGCCACGUUUGCGAUGACCGCCGGCCUGAGCGCUCGUUCGCGGCGCUGCGAGACCACAUGCGCCGCGAACACGAUCUCUUCUACUGUGAUAUCUGCGUCGAACAUCUCAAGAUGUUCUCGCACGAGCGCAAGGCGUACACGCGCAAGCAGCUAGCUAUGCACCGGCGCUGCGGCGACGCUGACGACCUCUCCUACAAGGGUCACCCGCUGUGUGAGUUCUGCGAUGAGCGCUACCUCGACAAUGACGAGCUGUACAGGCACCUGCGACGCGAGCACUACUUCUGUCACUUCUGCGAUGCCGACGGCCACUAUAAGUAUUACAGCGACUACACGGUGCUGCGCGAGCACUUCCGCGCCGAACACCAUCUCUGCGAGGAGGGCGACUGCAUCGAUGAGAAGUUCACGAGCGCCUUCCGCUCGGACAUCGACCUGCGCGCGCACCGCAUGGGGCAUCACAGCAAGAACAUGACGAAGGCUGAGGCGCGGCAGGCACGCACGCUCGAGCUCGAGUUCACGUUCACGCGCAAUCGCCCGAACGGACGAGAUUUCGAGGAGGUGAGCAGGGCGGAGUCGCGUGGCAGAGGUGGUCAGCGAUCGCGGAAUGCAUACAGAGGCAGGAGCAGUGACACACGAUCGGACCGAUACGCAAACAGGCAGGAGAACUACAGGCCUAGCGACCGAGCAAAAGAGACCGAAGACAUAGAACUUGCGCUGGCCGCGUCGAUCAGCGAUCAGAAAAACGUGCCAAAACACGACGACUUCCCCGCACUGGGGGGGGAGGCCGCAGCCCCGCCCGUGCCGAGACAAGACCCCAGCCUCGAGAAGAAGAAGAAGCAGGCUGUCGAGACGAUCGCCAAGCGGCUGGCGAAGGUCAACAAGUACACGGUGAAGGAAGAUGACGACCCCGACUUUCCGGCACUAGGUGGCGCCGGCGGUGCGGCGAGCGCGCCGUCCGCGCCGUCCGGCGGACUUGCGUCUCUGGCCGACUGGAUCACGACAACGUCGUCGACCAAUAGCAGUCGAGCUCCGAAGGAAGCCGCGUUCCCGCUGGCACCUUGGCAGCUGGCGCCGCGCAAGUUCAGCGCGGACGAGUUUCCGGCGUUGGGUGGCGCCGCGAGCUCGACGCACAACGGGCAUCCCCAGCAGCAGCAGCAGCAGCCACAGCAGCAGCAGCAGCAGCAUCAGCAGCCGACGACGACGACGAGGGGCAAGCCGCCGGCGAGCAACGCGGCCGUGCGCGGCAAGCCGCCGAAGGUCGGCUGGCAGACGAAGCAGCACAGCCUCGACAUGAAGGCGGAGGACUUCCCGCCGCUCGGGGGCGCCUCCGCCUCCGCCUCCGCCGUUGCGCCGCAGCACAACAACAACACGAAGGUGCGCAGGAUGUCGGCCGACCACGGCGCGGAUCACGCCUCCGCGGCCGUGCCGCCGGGCAGCGCGGGCCUCGUGCGCAAGAACCGCCCGCCGGGCCUCAAGCUGCGGCUGUCGACGAGUCAGGAGAAUCUCGCGGGGGACGACGCGGACUCGCGGCCGAGCAUCGCCUCGCAGGACGACUUCCCGAAGCUGCCGCCGGCGGCGGCGCGGCCCCGCUUCGCGCGCAGCAUCUCCGUGCAGCUGUCGCCGACCUCCGAGAACUUUCCGGCGAUGAUUACGAUCACGACGCCGCCGGCGGCGACGACGAAGCGCGACGCGCCGCCCGGGUUCGCGCGCUCGCGCCCCGCGAUGCCGGCGCCCCCUGGAUUCGGCGGCACGGUGACGAUCACGAGCACGCCGGCGCUGAUCGUGACGGCCGGCGGCGCCGACACGCUCGCGAGCUGCGGCGGCGGCGGCGGCGCGCACGCGUACGCGCAGCCGCCCGCCUACGCGGCGCGCAACCACGCGCUUAUCGCGAGCGUGCGCGCGGCCCUCGACGGAGACGCGGCGCGCUUCGACGCGUUCAAGACGAUGUCGGGCGGGUUCCGGCGCGGCGCCGUGCCCGCGCACGAGUACUACGCUCAGUGCGUCGCGCUGUUUGGCGCCGUGCACUUCCGCGACAUCGUGCCGGAGCUUCUCGUCCUGCUGCCAAACAUCGCGCGGCAGCAGGAGCUGCUCGCCGCACACAACCGCCACCUGAGCGCGCAGCGCGGCGGCCGAGCGCCCAACGUCAGCCGCGCGCGUUUUGCCAUUUGCUCCACUUGCCGCCAGGUGCUUGCCGACCGUGAUGUCACGAUGCAUCAGUCGUCGCACAGCCUUGACGCUGACUUUCCUGCGCUCAGCGUGAGGUGAGCACGGAGCGAUCGCAGCGCGGCGUAAUGGUGCUUCCGCUAGGCUUAUUAGGAGCAAGGUUUAAUAACGGUGUUGCGUGCAUCUCAUUUAUGAGUUUGGCAACAUUCUCGAAGCCUUUACUAUCUCCCUAACUACUAAACUAAACACACGGCAAACAGUUUUCUAUCUAGUGGUGCAUUCCAUGUUCUGGCUGUUGCUGAAUACAUUUUAUUUUAUUGCGUAGCAUUCUGCUUAGUAGUGUGCCUAGGCCAAUCAUGGAUUUUAACUAAGAGCUUACGAGUCCUAAAGCAUGCAAUAUCGAUUAGGUUCUAAGUUGUAUUGCAAAAGUGCGCAUCAGAGAGCCCAGGUAUGUAUACUAUUAUUUAAUGAAUUUUUGUUUUGUUACCUUUAUCUGGAAGUAGAUGGAACGAGGGUAAACAUGACAUAGUAUGAUUGAGCUUAACUUAUCUAUGAUGUUACGUUAUAUUGGUGAGGAGAUUAGGUGGAAGUGUGAGAAGGUGUUGAAGACAAGUGUGCCCACUGUACUUUUCAGCAGACUAGUGUGUACACAUAGGUGGCUUAUAUGUGCAGACUAUGUGGUUGCAUCUUUUAUUUUUCGAUUAAGCUGCAUGAUGCAUCUCGUGAUAAUUUGUCUGAGUGACUACAGCAUGUUAUUUCUAUGUGUAUGAAUCGGUAAGCAGCUUCCAGCCAACCGAAUGUCGGUACAGCCAGGAUUUGAAUGAUAUCCAUUCUAUGAAACCGUACACGUGAAAUCCGGUGCUUCAAAUGAAAACCCAUUUAUAAUUGUUGUUCACUUCCUGACCGAAGUAUGUAGAACAACAGUUGUUUUGUUUGAGGUAAAUUUUAAAUGAGUAGUACCUAGUUUCAAUCUAAUAUGAAAUUAUUCGAACAGUUAUUACAAAAA